GUGUCAGAGACAGAGCGUAUACACAGCACACACCUCCCUCCCUCCCUCCCUCCGGCAUGACCGCUCUCUCCCUCUGUCACCACAGACUCUCCACCGAUUCACCACCGGCUGCCUCAUCCAGGCAUGGCAGACGGCUUUACCCCAUCAUGGCAGUGCUACAUUACACCCUUGACUUCAAGCUCCGUGCGCCAGCUGAUGUUUCUGCGACUGUGCGUGGCCUGCAGUCUAUAUUUCAAGAGCAGGAAAUGACAGAGAACGUCCAUGACUCAGAGGGACUCGGAUAUCUGGCAACCUUUGUCGGCAAGAAUGGCAGGUUUGCCAUCUUACGAAUGCACUCCCAUGGUCUGGUGACCUUUGACCUGCAGUGUCUUGAAGGGGAUGAUGUAGCGCAAGUAGACAAUCUACUGAAUGCACUGGAGAAGAAAUUAAAAGCUCUCCUAGAUGGAAAUAUCCAUAGGAUCAAAAGACUCCCUGUGCUGUUUCGAGGAAGUGAUGUGGACCGCUACUGGCCCACGGCUGACGGCAGGCUGAUGGAAUAUGAUAUUGAUGAAGUUGUGUAUGAGAAGGACUCUGCCUACCAGAACAUCAAAAUCUUGCACUCGCGGCAGUUUGGCAAUAUACUCAUCCUUAACGGGGAUGUCAAUCUGGCAGAAAGUGAUCUGCCCUACACUCAGGCCAUUAUGGGCAGCGGCAAAGAGCACUAUGCUGGAAAGGAGGUACUGAUUCUUGGAGGAGGAGAUGGUGGAAUUCUCCAUGAGGCGGUGAAGCUCAAACCAAAGAUGAUCACCAUGGUUGAGAUUGAUGAGCUGGUCAUUGAUGGAUGUCGGAAACACAUGAGGAAAACAUGCGGGAAUGUUUUAGAUAACUUGAAGGGAGAUUGUUAUGAGGUUUUGGUUCAAGACUGUGUUCCCAUACUUAAAAAGUUUGCAGAGCAAGGGAGGACAUUUGAUUAUGUCAUAAAUGACUUGACAGCUGUCCCAAUUUCCACGGCACCUGAGGAAGAUUCAACAUGGGAAUUCCUGAGACUCAUCCUUGACCUCUCCAUCAGAGUCCUGCGUCCUGGUGGAAAGUACUUCACACAGGGUAAUUGUGUGAAUCUGACUGAUGCGCUCAGUGAAUAUGAAAUGCUUUUGGGGAGACUUUCGUGCAAAGUGGAUUUUUCCAAAGAGGUGGUCUGUGUUCCCUCAUAUAUGGAGCUCUGGGUGUUUUACACCAUCUGGAAGAAGUAAUGUCUCUUCCUUCUUCACUCUCUCCUCCAAGUCCUGCCGGAAUGUGAAGAUUUCCCCCUCACCCUCUGAUGCACUGUGGAGAGACGUGCACAUAUCUCUCCAAGCACUGUUUCCAUUUCUACUGUCCCUUCACGUCCAACAGUUAACAGACUUCCCUGUUUUGAGAUGGCUAGUUGCAUCUUUGUGUUUGAAAUUUCACAGAGUUCCUUGUUUAGUUUGUGCG